UGCGUGGACGUAUGGACGGUACUAUAGCGGCACUCGCCCGUCAGUAUUCCCCUAUCCUCACAAAAAUCAAAAGCUUCCAUCUCCAAAUCUCCUCAGAGUUCCCCCCCACCAACAAUGGCGUCUAUCUCAUCAUCUCUUCUUUCCCCCUAUUUUCUUCAGAACCCCAGAAUGCAAAAUCAACCCCCCUCUUCAAAAAUCGCCUCUCCAACCCUGAAAUCUGACGCCCUUGGCCUCGCGCUCAUUCGCUCUCCACCUGCUCGGCAGUACAGGGACUGUUUACUGCGCAGGAGGCUCAACGCCGUUUCCGAAGAAACAUCAGCCUCAUCCUCGCAGGACCCGUCCUCGGAACCCGCCAGACGGCUCUACGUGGGUAACAUCCCCCGGACUGUCACCAACGAUAAACUCCGGAGCUUUGUGGAAGAAUAUGGCGCUGUAGAAAAGGCCGAGGUAUAUUCUUCCAAAUGGAUUGUGGUUUUAUCAUCAAAUCUGAGGUUUAGUUUUCCGAAGUACAACCUAUAAGCCAUAGCCAUAAUUUUAAAUGAGACAAAUAUUAGGAUUUCAUUACCUUCUAGUACAAAAUCAGGCGUAAUUAUUGAAAUCCAACUUCGUAAUUGUGUGAUCACGGAUAAAGUGGCAAGUAAAGUAGAUCACUUUAGCAAUUAAAUCCCAAAUCCAGUUUAAUUGCACACUGAAUGGAGUUUCAUAGUGUAUAUGUCUGUAGAUGAAUUAGGAGUUAGGACAGUUCCAUUCUUGUACCAAGUUCAAGCUCCAUUGGAUAGUCAUAAACUCAUAAUCAGCUUGUUCUCGUUAUAGGCAGAAUAACUAGCUUUUGAUUACUAUCGUAUUUUUUUGGUAGAAAUGGAUGUUACUACUAAGAUACCUUUUCUUUGAGACAAUUCAGCAGAUUCAGACCAGACCUUACCAAACAGGGCUUAAAUUUCGAUUUGCAAUAAGCCUUGCACAUUCACCGUCAUCGUUGAAUUGGUAGGUUAUGUAUGAUAAGUAUUCAGGAAGGAGCCGCCGGUUUGGAUUUGUUACAAUGAAGACGAUAGAGGAGGCAAAUGCUGCAAUUGAGAAACUUAAUGGAACUGAAGUUGGCGGGCGUAAAAUAAAGGUGAAUAUAACCGAAAGCCCAUUGCAGAGUGGGGAUUCAUCACUUCAACAUGCAGAUGAUUCACAGUUCAUUGACAGUCCACACAAAAUUUAUGUUGGCAAUCUUGCAAAGACAGUGACCACCGAGAUACUAACGAAGUAUUUUUCUGAGAAAGGGAUGAAGGUUGUCAGUGCUAAGGUAUGCCGAGCUCCAGGGACCUCAAAAUCAAGUGGGUAUGGGUUUGUCACGUUUUCUGCAGACAACGAUGUCGAAUCUGCUAUAUCAUCUUUUAAUAACACGCUGCUUGAAGGGAAGAAGAUCCGUGUAAAUAAAGCAUGAAAAAUAAGUGCCUGGCUACUGAAGUGUUUUAAAGGUGAUUUCCUCACCCGACACUAUAUGGUGGCUGUAAAAGUUUGUUUUGUACCUUAUGAACUCAACGAGUUUGUUCAUUUUGGUGUUGAGUUACUGUGACUUAGUUUAGGGAACGUACACCUCUUUCUUGUUUGUUAGCAUUGUAUGUUGUAAAGGAAGGUGUGAUGAGGUUAUAAGAGAAUGCUGUAUGGGUGCAUAUCUAUCUUUGCUGUAAUGGGCUACCUCUUGGCUUCGACUCUUGAUGAAUCACAGAAACACACUUUCUUGCAGUGGAGUAUAUUGCCUUUUUUAUUGAUUGCCCCAAUUUAUCUUUCAUGUAAACUUUGAGCAUUAACAAAUUUAGUUGACUAUUUGUAAAAGCUCAAUAAAUUUUAUACUUUCAAAAUUACAUCGAG